AUGUCUUUUCAAAGUAAUGAUAAUGUAGAUCAUGAUGAUGGUUUAUCCAAAGCUGAAGAUGAAGGCCAAUCGAUUACUUUAACUGAAAAAGUUGAUAAAGGACUUGAGAAAAAGGAGUUGAGUAUUAAUAAAUUUUUUUCUCGAUUUCAGCAGAAGCUUCCUACAAAAACAAAAAUUAUAAACAACUUAGCAAAUGAAGUAAAACUUGAUAUUUUUAAAUACCUCGAUUUCAAUCAAUUAUUAACUUUCCAAAAAACCAAUCGCUAUUUUAAUAGCUUUAUUAAUGAAUAUAAAAAUGAAUUGGCACGUGAUUAUUUUAAUAUUAAAAUUGUCGAUAAAUUUGUUAUAGAUCGAUAUAUUAUUAAUUAUCAGGAAAUUGAUAUUAAACGACAUUCUUAUGACUUUUCAUUAAACGAUAAUCUCAAGGAAAGGUGGGAACAAGCAGUGAGUGAACACAUUCCUCUAUUUUUGAGUUUUAAUGGAUCUUGCGAGGCUGAUAUACUUUUGUAUAAACAUCACCUAACUAAAGAAGAAAACUCAAAAAAGUUAAACCGCAAUAUGUUUUUGGAUCUGCCUCUAUUUCCAAAAAAUAUUGAAGAAAUGUGUAUUAUUCGUUAUUGGUUGGAUAAACUUUUUCGUUGUGGCUAUAAAGAAGCUGAAUUUUAUAAUGUUAUUUUCAAUCCCGUCUUAAUUAAAUUACUUUUUGAAAAUGAAGUAAAGGAACUUAAUACAAAACAAACGUCUUUAAGAUAUUGUAUUGAAAAAUUUGAGAAUGAAGCAUUGAAAUUUGUUAAAGAUCAUUUGAAGAUUUUUGAUAAAUUUUCUGUUGGUUUUUCUCUGAAUGAUGACAAUGGGCAGUGUAAUGGAAUUAUAUUGAAUAUCUUAAAUGAGGGAGCUAAAUUUCCUUAUGUUUGUAUAACUUCAUGCUUGCAUCCUUCAAUACUUGAAUUAAUCAAAAAUAAAAUUACAACCUCAACAAAUUGUUCAUCUCUUGUGCCAAAAAUUGAAUUUACAGUUGAUAAUUUGAGACGACUAUGA